AAACUGACACUGAACAAUGAAUGGAGCUAGAGAGUCCUUACUACACAGCGAGUUAGACAGUCAGGCAGAAAGCUGCUGAAAUGAUUCCUGUGGGGUGAUUUCCAACUGCUGGAAACCGAUUUAUUCCGAGAACGGCGAAGAAAGGUUAAAAUAACUUUAAAUUUGAGAAAAAUAUUUUGGCAAGUCUUUUCCCCCAGAAGAAAACGUUUGUACAAAGUUUUUGAAAAGUUUUGGACAGACCGGACACUGCGGGAGAUCAAUUCUUGGGAGUCUCCCACUCUGUACCCCCUCCCCAAGGGGAAUUUAACACAAAAAGGGGAAUUUGAAUCUCUUGUAUUGCCCCGGAUGAGAUGGGAAACACUGGAAGUCUGGAUGUGCAGACGAAUUUGAGUGCUCAAACCAUGCCGCUGAAAUUGCCAAUGCCCGAACAAUGCGAAUUGGAGGAGAGGUUUGCGAUGGUUUUGAAUUCUAUGAACCUUCCUCCAGAUAAAGCACGGCUCUUACGGCAGUAUGACAAUGAGAAGAAGUGGGAUCUCAUCUGUGAUCAGGAGCGGUUUCAAGUGAAGAACCCUCCACACACCUACAUCCAGAAACUCAAGAGCUACCUGGACCCAGGAGUCACCAGGAAGAAGUUUAGACGCCGCGUGCAGGAAUCCACAAAGGUGCUGCGAGAGCUGGAGAUCUCCCUCCGGACUAAUUACAUUGGGUGGGUAAGAGAAUUUUUAAACGAUGAAAACCAAGGUCUCAAUGUCCUGGUGGACUACCUCUCCUUUGCACAGUGUGCAGUCAUGUUUGACUUUGACCUUGUGGAGAAUGGUGAUGAUGGUGCACUCGACAAGUCAAAACCCUGGGGCAGGUCUAUAGAAGAUUUGCACCAGAGCAAUGUCCUGCCCCUGGCUUUCAGCAACAGCCUCUCUCGCUCUGCCAGGCAAUCUAUCCUACGCUACAACACUCUGCCUGACAGGAAAUUUCUGAAGAAUUCCAGACUCGUGAGCCAGAAGGACGAUGUCCACCUCUGUAUCAUGUGUUUGAGGGCUGUCAUGAACUACCAGUAUGGCUUUAAUUUAGUCAUGUCACACCCACACGCAGUAAAUGAAAUUGCACUUAGCCUGAACAACAAAAAUCCCAGAACCAAAGCCCUGGUACUGGAGCUACUUGCGGCAGUCUGCCUUGUAAGAGGAGGUCACGAAAUCAUUCUCUCUGCUUUCGACCAUUUCAAAGAGGUGUGCAAGGAAAAGCAUCGCUUCGAGAACCUGAUGGAAUAUUUUCGGAAUGAAGACACAAACAUAGAUUUCAUGGUGGCAUGCAUGCAGUUCAUCAACAUCGUGGUUCAUUCUGUUGAGGACAUGAACUUCCGCGUCCACUUGCAGUUUGAAUUCACCAAGCUUGGUCUGGACGAGUUCCUGGAGAAAUCGAAGCACACGGAGAGCGAUAAGCUCCAGGUUCAGAUCCAGGCGUACCUGGAUAACGUGUUUGAUGUGGGUGGUCUACUUGAGGAUGCCGAAACCAAGAAUGCAGCCUUGGAGAAGGUAGAUGAACUGGAAGAGCACAUGUCGCACUUAACAGAGAAGCUGCAGGAACUGGAGAAUGAAAACAUGAUGAGGGUGGCAGAACUGGAAAAGCAGUUACUCCAUCGAGAUAACGAACUGGCAACGAUUAAGGAGACCUACAAAGAUGCCAGCAGCCAGGUGCACACCUUGCGAAAGAUGAUCAAAGAGAAGGAGGAGGCUUUCCAACGGCAGUUUCACCUGGGGAGGCAAAUGGCCGACCUGCAGCAUGGGUCCACUGGGGAUUGCCCAGAUGGAGAUCCAAUCACACUGUCUCGAUCUUCCAUGGAUUCGGACCUGAGCCGAAGCAUUCCUGCAUCGUCCGCGCCCCCAACCCCUCCUCCACCACCAAUAGCCCCACCAUUACCAGGUCAAGCCCCACCAGUGCCUCCUCCACCACCUGCAGCUCCUCCAUUACCUGGUAGCUCUGUAUCAGUGAUUCUUAGCCAUGGAUUAUCAGCCAUCCGGAUCAAGAAACCAAUUAAAACAAAGUUCCGUUUGCCAGUAUUUAACUGGAUGGCACUAAAACCCAACCAGAUCAACGGGACUGUCUUCACUGAAAUUGAUGAUGAAAAAAUAUUAGAGGAGCUUGACCUGGAUGAAUUUGAAGACCUCUUCAAGACGAAAGCCCAGGGACCCUCCAUUGAAAUCUCCUGUCAGAAAAGCAAAAGUGCGCAGAAAGCACUGAGUAAAGUGACGCUGCUCGAAGCCAACCGAGCAAAGAAUCUCGCCAUUACGCUGCGCAAGGCUGGCAAGACAACUGAAGAGAUUUGCAGGGCCAUUCAAAUGUACGAUUUGAAGACCCUUCCCCUCGACUUUGUGGAGUGUUUAAAUCGCUUCCUACCCCUCGAGAAUGAGGUGAAGCUCCUGAAGCAGUAUGAGAAGGAGAGGAAGCCACUGGAUGAGCUGUCCAACGAGGACCGCUUCAUGAUGCACUUCAGUAAAAUUGAGCGGCUCCCCCAACGCAUGACCAUCAUGACAUUUGUUGGCAACUUCGUUGAAAACAUCCAGAUGUUAAAUCCGCAAUUGAAUGCAAUCAUAGCAGCCUCAGCAUCUAUUAAGACCUCACAGAAGUUGAAGGGAAUGUUGGAGAUUAUCUUGGCACUUGGUAACUACAUGAACAGCAGUAAACGAGGAGCUGUGUAUGGCUUCAAACUACAGAGCUUGGACCUGCUCUCAGAUACUAAAUCCACGGAUCGCAAGCUGACCCUGUUGCACUACAUUGCAAUCAUUGUAAAGAGGAAGUACUCCAACAUCGCCACCUUCUGGAGUGAGCUGCACUACAUUGAGAAAGCUGCCACAGUUUCUCUGGAAAAUGUCCUAUUGGAUGUAAAGGAGAUGGGCCAGAACAUGGAACUGGUGAAGAGGGAGAGCAGUAUGCAUGAGCACAAUAUGGUGCUGAAGGAUUUCCUGUCACAAAAUGAAGGGAAGUUGGAAAAACUACAACGAGAUUCCAAAACUGCACAGGCAACAUACAAUAAAGUGGUUGAGUAUUUUGGAGAAAAUCCCAAGACUACACCCCCAUCUGUGUUCUUCCCAGUCUUUGUCCGUUUUGUGACGUCCUACAAGGAAGCAGAACAGGAAAAUGAACUGAGGAAGAAGCAGGAACAAGCUUUGAGGGAGAAGAUGCUUGCACAGGAAGCUAAGCUUCAACAGGACCAAAAGUCUCCAUGCUCGAGGAACAAGCGUCAACAUCAGGAGCUCAUUGCUGAGUUGCGAAGGCGCCAGGUCAAAGAUCACCCAUCGGUGUAUGAAGGGAAAGAUGGAACCAUUGAAGACAUCAUCACAGUGUUGAAGAGUGUGCCCUUCACAGCCCGAACUGCUAAACGUGGCUCCCGGUUCUUCUGUGAAACAACAUUGUGUGAAGAGUCCAAUUGUUAAUGUUUCUGCCCUCUACAGUCUGCCGUUUUGACAGACCUUAGAAAUCAACCUUACCGGCGUGCAGAUGCAGUGAUGCGACAUGGAUGGAAACACCUCUGAAGAAAAGACUUGAGUGGGGUUGGGUCAGAUUGGAGGGAUAGGGGAAGUGGUGAAAUUGCGACCAAAACCGAUGCUGAAAAAAUCUGUUCCAUGGAGGAGCAUUUUGGGAUGAACUUUUCAUUGGCUCAUACAACACUCUGAAACGAGGAAAUUCCUGAACAUGUGUCUUCUAAUCCACUACAGAGAGGUGCACAAGAUAUGGCGUUGUGUGGAGAAAAGCUUUGAGGGAGCAAAUCAAGAACUCUGCUACUUUUUGAAGUGGGGGUGGGGGAGCAAACUUCUACCUCGAACAAAUCCACCGAACUCGCUCACUGUCUAGCAAGUGAAACUUAUCUUGCAGUGCACUUGACAUCCCAACUCUCAAAAUAAUGCUUGAAGUUGGGUGGGAAGAAAGCAUCCAUUAAUGGGAUAAAAAAAAAGCUUGAAGAGUCCUUCCAGUCAAACUUGGGGUGCCAUGAAACCUUAAUGCCUUUCCAAUCAGUAUUAUGAAGUAUUUUUUUACUGUGUUUGUAGUCUUGAUUAAUUUAAGAUUUUUUUUUUUCUGUUGUCACUGUAGAAUUGGCCUUCUGAGGCAAGUCCAAAGGAACUUUGUCAUCUGUUAUUGCCAAAGUAAGAUGGCAGCUGCCUUCUGUGGUGGAACCAGUGGUGUAGAAGUUUGCCUGUGUUGUUUAUGUUAAGUAUAUUAUGUCGCAUCAUAUACAUCUUAACACUGAAAUUCCAGGAGGGGAGUUCAAUGCAUAGACAUGACUAUAUCUUAACCCAAACAGCACCAGGCAAGUUUGUACUCCUUGUCUUCCCUUGCAUUGAUUUUGAACCCACAUGGAACUUCUGAGCGUUUUGAGCUAAUGAGCUCUCUCAGUGUUUGGGCUUACUUGGGAACCAUCUUCAAAGCAAGAACAAAGGCUCCAGUUGCUUUUGCAGCUUAUUAUACAUGGGAAGUUAUUUAACAAAGGCACAAGAAUUUUCUUUCCAUUCUGUUAGGGAAUUCUCAAUUAAAAAAAAAUAUUAGACCUAUAUAAUCUCUUUAAACAUGAAUGUAAAGAUAUAUUUUUCUUGGUAAAUGAAACUCCUUUUGUAUUAACUAUGGGUUUUCAGUCCUUUGGAGAUGCUCAGAAAUCUGCAGGAUGUGAAUCUUAAACUACGUAGAUUUUAUUCAGAGUUCGACAUCCAGUCUAUUCCAGGUUACCCAUUUGCUUAUCACUGCUGCAAAGUUCAAAGGUUAAUCUUUUGCUAACUUACAUUGGAUGCAAGUUUUCUGGACCCAACAUGUCCACUCCUGAUUUAAAGUAACUGCGGUCCAUUGCAAUCGGAAUUGAGAUCUGGGAGUUAAUGUGAUUCUUAUUUCGUGUAUUUUUAAGGGUCCUUUGUGGUUAAAUAGCCAGUAGUUUUCUGCAGCUCAUUUCGGGGAAUGGGAGUCCACUUGGGUGAGGUCCCAGAGACUGAUUUACAUGAGAUGAUGAGUGGAGUGGGCACAGUAGGUGCGCAAAACACUGGCAGAAUAUGUGCAAUUAUCAAAAUCAACAUGGUCAGGGAGUCUACCUGUCCAGUUUUUGCUGGUAAGUUAUGGUUCCCAAAAUACAUGUUGUUACCCAAAUGCAAGCUUAAAGCAAUUUAAAGAUUGACAGGUCUGCUUAUAUUUUUCAGACAGUACUAAAUUUAUACUUUAUUGUGUAAAGUUAUUCAUUGCUUUUAACCUUAAAAUGAGUUCCUGGAAGCUGUCCACAUUCUGUUUGGGGAAUUGAAGGUUGUAGUCUUAAACUGAAGUCCAAGAAUCAAAAGGUUUACAUGUAAAUAUAAGGUAUUCAGACGCCUUUUUAUAGCUAUGGUUUUAUCCUAUAUCAUUUUGCAGAAGUAGCGAAAAUGAUUUUGUAUGGGACCAUGUUUAAAAUCGGCCCGUACUCUAAACCAGGUUCUUAGUCCUUCGAUACAUCAUCACCAUUUGAAGCAGAAAGAAGGUCACUCUUCCUAUUAGGCCUGUCUCAGUGUCAGCUUCCUAACUAGAUCCAUGUUUCUCUUCUCUCACAAGUUUUUAUCUCUUCCUGUUCAAAUCCAAUCCAAUUCCCUUUUCAAUGAUAGGUCCUGUGUUCCACUUUCCAACAACUGACCAAUUUCUUCCUUAUUCUUAGCAUUUCAAUUGAUAGUCAGUGAUCCCAUUUUUAUUUUCAAAUGUACAAAGCAAUAUUUGGCAGCAUGUCAUGAGGUUAUUGAACUAACGACCCCAGGAAAGGCCGCUGGGGACUUUAUUAUCUGGAAUUAAAGGAUCAGCCAUGACACCACAAGCCUAUUGGACCUCUAUUUUUUAAAAAAAAUCAGGUUCAUCAGUGUCCUUCGUGGAAGGAAAUUGGCCAUCUUUAUGGUGCCUGACAUAGAUAUGACUCCAUUUGGUCAACUGUCAACAGCUCUACUAUGGCACUCAAAGGGUGCUGAGAGAUGGGAAAUACAUGUUGGCUUUGACAUCAAUGCUGGCAUUCUGUAGAUGAAUAUUUUUUAAGUUACUCCUCUUCCAUAAUUUAGGAAACUGAGAGCCUGUCUCUCACUUUUCCAAUGACAAAAGCUCUAAUUUAUGAAAUGGCCUACAACUAUUUAAAAUUAAUCUUCCCACUCCCUUUCCAAAACUACUACAACUAUCCUUUUUUGGGAGGCUCAAAACUCCACACAAUGGUCCUGCUGUGGUCUAAACUCCAUCUUGUUAAGGAAACAUGACUACUGUGACCAAGUAUUGAGCAGCUUUUAAAAGCCCAGACCAACUAAUCUUGUCCUUGCUGCACACAAUUCUACUGAAUAUGUUAGUAUGACACUGAAUUUUAUUCAUUGCAAUGUUCUCUUGUGAUGUUAUUUCCCCUGAACACUGUUUGGGUGCAAUAUUUCCUCUAUUGAGUGAGUGUCAAUACUCAGUGGACAGAGUAUUUUACGAAAAAUGGAAAUCUAGUUUAGUGCCAGUGCAAUGUGGAAGCUUCACCUUGACUCUGCUUGUCACACUGACCACGUUAUGUCCUAAUGCUUGUAUAGACUCCCAAAAGUGGCAAAGGUAUGGCCACACUUGUCCUCCCUCUCUUUGUAUUUCUUGUGUGUGUAUACGAGACUCUCUCCAAAUCCUUUUCACUCACUUUCUGGCCUGUUCUCAAGCCCAUUAUGCUGCUAUAUUACAGAGAUUGCCUUAGGCCUGAUUAGGCCAAAACCUUGUCGUUAAACUUAGCUAACUUUAUAGCAAGUGUAGCCAGCUUUCUCCAGUGAGAUAACAAGUCCCAUCAAAUGCAAAAUAAUGACCAUUGCAAUCAUUUGGAGCAUUCAUCAGUGACCAUAAAUCUCCCAAUUGUUCUGGAGGCAGGGGCUGUGGAGAAUUGAUAUAUAUUAGCUGGUUUACUGUUGACAGUGUCCUAAACCUGGCGUGAAAGCAGUUUUAUUUAUUGGAAAACAUUUUUCUUAAAUUAUGUUUGUAAACAUUGCUGUCCAAAGACUACAAAACUAUUUAAAGCAAGAUGUUGUUAUGGUUUCAAAGUAAUUCAUUGGCCAUUCAUUUCCUAAUGCACUAACCUGUAUAGCAAAACUUUUUAAAUGACAGUUUUAAAAAAAAGUUAAAAGUUUCAAUAUACUGUACAUUACUUCUCCUGCACCCCAAGUAUUAAUGGAAUCUUUCAGUGAUGUCAUGGAUUGCAUCACUGCUUAGGUUCAUGUCAAUGUCCAGUAGAACAGCUGAAAUAAUAAUAAGGGAGUGGGGUUGGUGGUAUGUCUACCCAACACUGGUUAUUACAGGAAAAGUAUACUGUGGACUUGGGGGAAAACAGCCUCUCUACCUUCCUUGUACAAAUUCAUAAAGCUGCCACUUUAUUUUAUUUUGUCUUUUUUCCAUGUAUUCCAUAUGAAGUAUUUAGUUUGUAUUGUAACCAUUCCAUUUCAUUCCAGACUCUGCAACUUUGUAGCUUACUGUACCUUUUCAUUAUUGUGUAAAGAAAAGUUCAAUUAUUUUCAAUGUUCAAUGUUUUUUAAUAAGCUGUUUUUAAAAAAAAGUAUGCCAAAGUUGAGGCUUUCGGUCUCUUCAACAAUUCUGUACAUAUUAUUCUUAAUAAUUAUUAUA